UUUAUCGAGUAGAAAUUAAAAUGAGUACUUCAAAAUUCAUUGUGUAUUUUAUAUUUUUGACUUUACAGACUGAAAUCACUCUCUCAAAUGUAACAUGGACCUCUGUCACAGAUCCCACGGAGGACAUAUUCUCGACGAAAGGGAACGUCCCAGAUAACUCUAGUUCCGAUCCCUCGGACUUUCAGUUCUUGAUCACGGGUGGCUAUCGGCCCAGGACCAAUAACCUGGCAAAGUACGUCGUCUCAAUUAGGCUUGUUGAACGCUACAAGUUUUUCGGCAGUGAUCACUUUUGUGGAGGAGCAAUCAUUUCCAAAAAUUUAAUCCUGACGGCUGCACACUGCUUGUUCUUAAAUUCAUGGAAGUUGAAUCCAAGCGAUAUAGUAGUAGUAGCAGGAACGCCCAAAAGGAUGAGAAAAACCACCGCGACGCAGGUGAUGAAAGCCAAAUAUCUAAUAGCUCACAGUCAAUAUGGAAGUUGGUCCAUGGCAUACGACAUCGGCCUUGUGAUUUUGGAGGGUUCACUGUAUUUCAAUGCUUACGUGGACUCCAUUGAACUGACCCCAUCGCCAGCAAGGGUGGGAAAACAAUGCACUACACUUGGCUGGGGGGCUGUAAUUAACUACGGACCUGUUCCCAAUGAGAUUGUCAAUGUUAAUCUUGUUAUUCUGUCUCGUGACAAAUGUGACGCUUAUGGCUAUUCCUUUCAAGGGGGCAUGCUUUGCGUCGCAAAUCCAAGUUACGAUGAUUCCGACAGUUGCGAGGGCGACUCCGGGGGUCCGUUGAUCUGCGAUGGAAAAGUAUACGGCAUUGUCUCGUUUGGCCGUGGAUGCGGUGAGCCGCGUUUCCCCGGAAUCUACACGGACGUCUACUUGUACUUGAAAUGGAUUAUGAACGAUUUGAGUCCGCCAAACACAGUUCCAAUACCCGUUCUUAUACCAGGACUAGUCUUGUUAAUAGCAAUUGUUAAUCAAUGGAUACUUAGCGCACGUUAGCCAUAUGUAAGAAUUAGGAAAUUACAAAAUUGUGAAAUUGUAAAUAAAUGACGCCUUGAUUUUUAACGUCAAGUAGGCACCUGUUGUUUUGCUUAAAUUAAUUAUGAGUUCUUCAAAAUUCAUACCAUAUUUUGUGUUUUUGGCUUUACAGACUGAGAUUACUCUCUCAAAUGUAACACGGGACUCUGUCACCGAUCCCACGGAGGGCAUAUUCCCGACAAAAGGGAACGUCCCAGAUAACUCUAGUUCCGAUCCCUCGGAAUUUCAGUUCUUGAUCACGGGUGGCUAUCGACCGACGACCAAUGAGCUGGCCAAGUACGUCGUCUCGAUUAGGCUUGUUGAACGCUACAAGUUCUUCGGCAGUGAUCACUUUUGUGGAGGAUCCAUCAUUUCCAACAAGAUUAUCCUGACGGCUGCACACUGCUUCUUCCCAAAUUCAGUAAAGUUGAGGCCUAAAGAUAUAGAAGUAGUGGCAGGAACGCCCAAAAGGUUGAAAAAAACCAGCAAGACGCAGGUCAUGAAAGCCAAAUAUCUAAUAUCUCACAGUCAAUAUGCAAGUGGAUACGAUGGAUACGACAUCGGCGUUGUGGUUUUGGAAAAAGCACUAACAUUCGAUGAUUCAGUGGCUUGCAUUGAAGUGACCCAAUCGCCAGCAUAUGCGGGAAAACCAUGCACAACACUCGGCUGGGGUACUGUAAUUAAUUACGGACCUGUUCCCAAUGAGAUUGUCAAUGUUAAUCUUGUAAUACAGACUGCUGACGCUUGCGCGGCUUAUGACUUUAAAAAAGGCAUGCUUUGCGCCUCAAAUCCAAGUUUGGAUGAGUCCGACAGUUGCGAGGGCGACUCCGGGGGUCCUCUGAUCUGCGAUGGAAGAGUUUACGGCAUCGUAUCGUUUGGCACUGGAUGCGGUGAGCCAAAUUAUCCCGGAAUCUACACGGACGUCUACUUUUUCUUGAAAUGGAUUAUGAACAAUUUGAGUCCGCCAAACACAGUUCCAAUACCGGUUCUAAUACCAGAACUAGUCUUGCUAAUAGCAAUGGUUAAUCAAUGGAUACUUGGCUCCCAGUAUACUUAAUUAACCGAAUGUAAGAAUUAGGAAAUCACAAGUUACAUUUAAGAAAU